GAAAUAGGAACUGUUUAUGUGGAAUAAGUAUGACUAACAGACAGGGUGUCUAGCUGAAUCAGAAGUGAAACAAAAACCCUUUCCGUGGGUUUACAAUGUGUUUUAGUCACACUUAAUAUUUAAAGCUCGUAACCUCGUAAGUACAAUACGAUACAGUGAAUUCAACCCCCGUGUGUGAGAUAUUUACGGGUCUGUAACUAAUGAGUAACCAGUAAGCCUGUAGUUGUUGUACACCAGUCUGGGCUUCAGACCUGUACAUGAAAAGACGUUUUUUGCCCGACCCGGUCCAAAGCACUAAGAAGAAAGCUAUGGGUGCCGUUCCGAGCUCUGAUUCUGCUCCAGAAGCAACAAACUCAACUGCGGAAGUGAGUAAUGUGCAAGACCUCCAAAUAACGACUAUUCGAGUGUUAUUCUCCGUUCCUCUGGAGGUCUUGGAGGAGAUAUUCCUGAAUCUCCCUUCAGAUAAGGUGGUUCAGGUUUGUCGAUUAGUGUGCAGGCAGUGGAAAGAAGUGGCCGACAGUGAAUCUUUGUGGAGGGAGAGAUGUAGGCGAGAGGGAUACAACCUUCAAGAUGUUUCCAAAAUCCCCAAAGACUGGAGGGUGUUUUACUUUUUGCGCAAGAAGAAGAGGAAUCUUCUCAAGAAUCCAAGAGCUGAAGAUAAAUUCAGGGAUUGGCGUAUUCUGGAGAAUGGUGGUGACCAGUGGACAAUAGAGGGACUCAUGGUGCCACAUCCAAAUGAGACGAUCCAGAAAAACUUUGUGACUUCUUAUGGCAUGUGCAGGAAGUCCCAGCUGAUCAAUUUGGAAUCAGAAGGUUACAACUCAUCAUUUAUGGAUCACUACCAGCCACACAUCAAAAUAUCUGACUGGUAUGCACCACGAUGGGAUUGUAGCUGUGAAUAUUCAAUCACUGUGGAGCUGCUGAACCACGGAAAGAAACCCGUCCAGAAAUUUGCUCCUGAGACUGUUUACUUUGAGCAGUGGAAUGACCAGCAGUGGAAUCAGAUCACGCAUGUGUUCAAGAACUACGGUCCAGGAGUGAGAUACGUUCGUUUUACCCACGGGGGGAAGGACUGCCAGUUCUGGGCAGGAUGGUACGGAAUACGCGUCACUGACAGCUGCAUUGAAGUCUGUUCAGAAGUGGACACAUAGCACGAGAGAUUAACCAAAUACUUGCUUCCUGCCUUUACCGGAAAUAGCAAAUUUUUGUCCUCAUUGCCUUAUGUAUCUAUGUCCCUGUAUCUCCAAAGUAAUGAAUGUGUAUCAGUUUUUCAUUGUCAAUAAACAUAAAACUAUACAGUAUAACAGGAUGAAGCAUGAACAUGUAUUUAACGAUUAUACAGACAACAUUUGACUUUUAGCUGACAGUAUCUACCGAUGUUAAUGGAUUAAUGUCUAUACUGAUUUUAAAACCUCUGAUCAGAAAUUUUGCACUAAGAUUUUGGUGGGUUUUAAUUGAGUUUGCACUUUUUCUCAUUGGGCAACCUGGCUCUGAUGAUUGUUUCUCACAUUUUCAUUUGUUCAUAGAUGAAGGGGUGAUUGCACAUUAAGUAAAGCAGUCAGUGGGUGAUAACUGUAACUAAUUUUGAAGAAGACUGCGAGAUUUAACAAUAUAUGUAACCUGUCUCAUCAGAAGUGUCUCACCACUUUUACACACUGUAGGUUUUCAAUUUUCUUGCCACUGUUGUGUGUGCUGUAAAGCUAACAUGUCUACUACAUUUUCAAUGUACUUUAUCCUUGUUUGUACAAAUAUGAUGUUCAUGUAACCAUCAAGUCAGUCAACAACAUUGUAUUUGAAUUUAACUUUAUUCAUAAUACUGGUUUUAUGUGACGUUUUAUCACAGUUAAGAUACAGUACAACUCAAUAAAGAACUUAUUUUCUGCAAAUUGCUACAGUUAAUCUGAUCUCAUGUUUAGUCCAUCUCCUAAUCUCAGUAUUGCUAACACACUAAUCCGUAAUAAGUUAGGAGUUAUUUUCACUAUAUUCACAUAUCAGAUUUAAACCUACCACCCAAGCAUCGAUAUAAAGAAAAAAAUGCAAAUGGUACUAGUCUGGAAAAUACUCAAGUGCUCUAACUGGACGAUGUUCUGUAAACUGUAUGUUCCUUUCUCAUACGCUGCUGGGUAGUAUUGAGUUCAAUUAGCUCAAUUUACAAAAUGACAAAGCAACAAGUA